ACGCUGGACGAGUAGGUCGCGUUCGAUGGCUUCUCACUAAAUUAUUAUGUAAUUUACGAAGAGAUAAUUUCACGUUGGUCAGGGUGUCUACUGACCGGGAAAUUCGGGAAAUUCGGGAAUUGUACAUGAGUUUCACAACCCGGGAAAAAAACGGGAAUUGUACAUGAUUUUUGCUUAGUGUACGGGAAUUUUUUUUCUUUGCUCGUGCAAUUUUCAAAGUGUUUUCACUUUUAAAUAUAUCUCAAUACAGAAGCCUUCGCACAGACCAAUAAGAUUUAUGUCAGUUGCUUGAUCAGAAGUCCAAGAACGGACUGAUAAUUUUAGCUAAAACAUACUAGAGACUCGUAAUUGCUUUAGCUUCUAAUGCACGUCAAUCCGUACUUCGGUCCAGAGAUGUGAGGGGAAUAUUAAGAAGAAUUUGCUGGCGACACUGUAUUUUCUCUCGCUCUGUUUUUCAUUUCGUCAGUAGUUUCAACGUCUCUAGUAAUUCACUUUGUUGUUUACCUACCUAAUCAGGGCUUACUGCGUAAUAAUUUACUUUUUUUUCUCUUUAAGGAUGCCUUAGUUUUAUGUUGCGUGUGUUUACCUAAUCAGUGCUUACUACGUAAUAAUUUACGUUUUUUUCUCUUUAAGGAUGCCUUAGUUUUAUGUUGCGUGUGUUGUUUACCUAAUCAGUGCUUACUGCGUAAUAUUGUACGUUUUUUAUUCUUUGAGGAUGCCUUAGUUUUAUAUUGCGUGUUUUUUGAAGCGGAUUUGAAACAUACGUGAUUCCUUUAUACUUGCCUCAAUGGCUAGGCGUAUUCGAGGAAGAAAUUCAUUUCAACCACAAUGGAAGGAAGAAUUUCCAUGGCUGCAAGAAGUCGAUGGAAGCAAUCAUUCUGCCAGGUGUUCAGUCUGUAGAACUAUUUUCUCGGUUGAGUCCAUGGGAAGAACAGCUGUUGUCAGUCACUCAAGUGGUAACAAACACAAACUUAGAUUAAGUAGCUCUGAGAAGUCCACCUCUCUUGACACGUGGACUACAAAAGCCGGUUCAGUUCAUGUGGCAACUGCAGUAGCAAAUGCUGUAGCUGAAGCUUCCUCUGUGUCUUCACUAUCGAAGCUCCCUUCAUUAGGUUUGGGCUCUACUGUUGCUAGCAGUUGUGAAGUUUCACAGGUAGGGCACCAAGUAAAACAGCAUACUGUAUCAACCAACCGUGGUUUAAGUAGUUAUCUUAAAAGAGAUGAAGUCACACGUGCUGAAACAUUGUGGUGCCUCCAAACAGUCAUGAACCACGAUUCCCUCAGAGGAGCUGCUAGUAGUGUUAGCCUCUUCAAAAGAAUGUUUCCGGACGAUUAUAUUGCUAACAGCAUGCAACUUCAAAAAGAUAAGAUUUCCUAUGUUAUAGUAUAUGGUCUAUCUCCUUACUUCCAUAGUGAACUUAAAACUCGCAUUAACAGUUGUGACUUUUUUAGCUUGGGUUUUGACGAAAGCAUGAAUAAAGUAGCACAAAAGCAACAAAUGGAUUUGUCUGCAAGAUUCUGGGACAUUUCACAAAACAGAGUAUGUUCUCGUUAUGUAACAUCAGUGUUCCUGCAUCACACCACUGCUGAAGAUCUUCUUAAAGCUAUAAAAGCAGGCCUAGAAGAUUUGGAUUUUUUGAAGAUCAUUCAAUUGUCGAUGGAUGGUCCUAAUGUAAAUUUCAAAUUAUUGAAACUUUUGGCUGAAGAUACCCGAUCUUUUCCAGAUGCUCCACAAUUUCUUGACAUUGGAUCUUGUGGACUGCACACUGUUCAUAAUGCAUUUAAGACUGGUAUCAAGAAGACUUGUUGGGACAUAAUGGAGUUCUUCAGAGCUUUAUACUAUUUGUUCAAAGAGGCUCCGGGUCGACGAGGCGACUAUACACAGGCCUCUGGAUCUAAUGUGUUUCCUCUGAAGGUAUGCUCAAUCCGCUGGGUUGAGAAUGGAAGAGUAGCAAAAAGAGCUAGGGAAAUGUUGCCACAUGUUGACAAAUACAUAAGUUCAGUUAAAGGCACAGCCAAGGAACCAACAUGCCGUAGUUUUUCAACAGUUUCAAAGGCAAUUAAAGAUAAUCUUCUUACAGCUAAAAUAGCUUUUUUUGAGGGACUGGCUGAAAAUGUGGAGGAAUUCUUAAAGGAAUUCCAAUGUGAUGCUCCAAUGGCACCAUUCCUCUAUGAUGCUUUAACAGUUUUAGUGAAGCAUGCUAUGACGAAAAUUGUCAAGAAGAAUGUUCUUGAGAGUACUUCUCUUCAAAAAAUAGACGUUUUGAAGCAAAAUGAGAGCAAUUCAUUUAUCUGUCUUAAAGACAUUAAAAAUGUUGACCUUGGUUAUGGGACAAGGUUAGCUUUGGGAAAGUGCAAGAACGUCUCCGAAAAAGAUAUUUUACUCUUUCGUAAAGAUUGUCGCACUGCUCUACAGCAUUUUGUAGUAAAACUAAUGCAAAAGUCUCCUCUGAAAUAUCCUUUGACCAAAGCAUUAAAUUGUCUGAACCCGUGCCACAUGUCUACAAAUGCUGAUGCUUGCAAACAACUUACAUCUGCUCUUGAAAUUGUUCUUAAAGCAAAUCUUUUUUCUGCUACCACAAUAGAAAGGGCUGACCGUGAGUACAAGGUUCUGUGUUCACAACCACUUGUAAUGGAAGAUCUGAAGACAUAUUCACGAUCCGAGACUCGACUGGACGCGUUCUGGAUGAAGUUGAUAGAUGGUAAAAAGGAGUAUGAAAACCUCGUUCCAGUAGUUAAACUUCUCCUAACCGUAUCACAUGGGAAUGCACCCUUAGAGCGUGGAUUUUCUGUAAAUAAAGAGAUUUUAGUAGAAAAUAUGAAAGAAACGUCUGUCAUUGCACAGCGUCGUAUUUAUGACCAUGUAACCUAUGAGGGUGGAUUGAUGAAACUUGACAUUACAAAACCCAUGAUUCUUUCAGUAAGAAAUGCGCAUUGCAGGUAUACAGAAGCACUCAAUGAACAACGACAAGCGAACGCAGAUGCUAUGAAACUUUCGGAGGCAAAUAAACGUGCUGCUGCUGAGCUUCGAGAGCUUAAGGAGAAGAAAAGGAAGUUGAUUGAGGAUGCUGAACGAGAAGUGUCCAUCAUCAACGAACGUGUUAAGGAGCUGCAGAAAUAAGUACCAUAACUUACUUAGAAUUGAAAUCGAGUUUUCGGACUAUUGUGGACCUGUGAAAUAAUUUAGUCAUUUACAAAAAAUUGAAGGCUAGAAUUUAACUUUUCAUAAAAAUUGUAUUUUUGUGUUAUCAAUGGUGUAAUGUAUAAAAUAUUACAAGGUCACUUAUGUUUUUAUCAUAAUUUGUUUUGAAAAUAGUGUCGUGUAGUGUGUUUAUAUUGUUUGUAUAAAUGUCACAGUGUUGAGGCAGAAGUGUUAUAAGGUAUACAGCUGAACUUUAUCAGGAUACGUUACUAAAAGGGUUGUUACCACGGACAGGUUUUCAAAUAAACCUUUUAAGACCAAGUGUUCAGGCAUGUGUAUGUAUGCUUGCAUAUGUUUGUAAAUUUUGUUUAAUCAUCUUUAUUUUUGUAAAUCUUCUGAAUAUCUUUGCAAAUUAAAUUUUUGAAACUUAGAAAUUACUAUAAUUUAGUUUCUGUUAUGUUAGUAAAGUGCAAAACUUUUGUACAGGAAUUUUCUCAGAAGUGUACAGGAAUGUACAGAAAUUGUACAGGAAUUUUGCUAGCUCAGUUUGGUAGACACCCUGUUGGUGGUCGGAGCCAGGCCUAUUAUUAAAUCAACCUAAUUUUUUAUAUAUUUUGUUUUCAGGUAUAAUUAGAAAUUACGGCCACCUUCAUAGGCGUUUUGGCUCGGGGCGAGAUUCGUUUUCGCUGGGUGCGGCCCUGUUAGAGGUCGCACCAUCUUCGUGUACUUGCAGUAAAACAUUACUGAAGGACUUAAUCGACGUUAUUUUAUUAUUAAAUCUCAUCAAGCGAACUGAGGGCAGUUUUCGACGGGCAGAUAUAUGUGUGAAACGAGUGAAUGAAACAUUGAAAGUGUUCUGGAUUUUUCGGUGCAUCCUAAUUGGAAAGAAUAAAACAAAAACUACAAUCAACGUUUUAAAUCUUUUUAUUUUUGUAAGUAACGAACCGUUACAGCCUAUACACUCUACCAUAAUGGCGCAAUGCAAUAGAUGCAAAUAUUUGUCUAACCAAUAACAUUCGACACAUCCAUGAAGUCGGCAUGAAAUAAACGGCGAACUCGACUGACUUCUAACCCCAAUUAGAAAUACAUUUUACAUUUCCGUCUCAUCGCGGGCGCGACUUUACUGAAGUGAAUGUCAUAAAAUAUUUCUGAGAGAUGUUUGAACUGGUGAGUUGGGGGUUGCUAUCAUUACUUGCGCAUGUUUCAAGUUUUUUUUUUUUUAGUACUAAAUUCAGUUGUUUAUUCUCCGAAAUAUGAUAGUGCACUGUGACUUUUAUAGCUGAAUGUUAAAUUUUGAACUAAACAUGUCUGUCUCUGACACGUCAGUAAAAAAUCUGCAAAUAUAUGAGGGCUGCUGUACUUCCUGUUGAUUAUGCGAGAAACCUACCUACAUUUAAUCUCUUAAGGUUUGUGGCAUGAACCGUGGAGUCACAGUAGGUAAUGCGAUGGGUGCGCGUGUGUGCGCAGGCAUCA